GUGUCUGAGCCCAGUGUUGUGAUAUUUAAAUGGUUAUUCCUUAACAUUGCAGUAACUCCCCUCCCAUAUAAUCACUCACUGCCUGGCUCUGUGCAGGAGGUGUGUGUGUGUGUGUGUGUGUGUGUUGGACGCCAAGCUGUAGUCUCUUAUUGGUGCUCCAACAACAAGACAAGUGAGCAUCAAGUGGCCCUGAAGCAGGCGGCAGAUGAGUCGCAGCAGAAACAGAUAGAGCCGCGCAAGACAAGGAAGACUUCAGCGCAACGAGCAGGAUGGUUUCCUGUCCCGAGUAUGGAUUUAAUUCGUUACCGUGAUCUAAAAUUUGUCCUUCUUGCAUGCACAGUUCUCAUCUCAUCACUGGUCGCGAUUGAUGGCGCAUCCCCCGACAGGCUGCCUUCAUCAGCGGACCAGUGCUCUCCAAACCCGUGUCAGAACAGGGCAAUAUGCAGAACCCGCGGGGAUGGCUACUCGUGCUUCUGUGUGCCGGGGUUUCAGGGCGCUCACUGUCAGAUUGAUGUGAAUGAGUGUGUUUCACAGCCCUGCAGGAACGGAGCCACCUGUGUGGACCGAGUGGGCCGGUUCUCCUGUGUGUGUUCUCCUGGGUUCACUGGGGCCACUUGUGAGGUUCAGAUUGAUGAGUGUCAAUCACAGCCAUGUCUCAAUGGCGGCAGUUGCCAUGACUACCCAGGUGGCUUCACUUGCACCUGCCUGUCCGGUUUCCAAGGACACCGGUGCGAAAUCAACAUCGACGAGUGCCAAGAGCGGCCAUGCCAGAAUGGGGCUUUGUGUAUCGAUGGAGUGAAUGACUACAGCUGUGACUGCUCUCACACAGCCUUCACGGGCACACACUGUGAGACAGCGCUACCACCGUGCCGCUCUGAACCCUGCUUCAACAGCGCCAUCUGUGAGGACAACCAGGGUAACUACACCUGUGCAUGUUGGCCAGGGUUUGAGGGGCGUCAGUGUGAGAUCGACGUCAAUGAGUGCGGCAGCAACCCCUGCAUGCACGGAGGCCGCUGCGUUGAGAGGUCAUGGCAGGCCCUGUAUGGCAGUGAGCCUCUGCUGCCUGAACACUAUGACCAGCAGCAUGCUGCAGGCUUCAUCUGCAGCUGUCUUCAAGGAACAACAGGUUCCCUCUGUCAGGAGGUGAUAAACCAGUGUGACCCCAGUCCCUGCCAGAAUGGGGGCAGGUGUGAGAGCCGCAUCGGAGGCUACAUUUGCCACUGCCUCAAACAGAGUCACAAUGGCAUCCUCUAUGGGGGAGUAAAUUGUGAUGUGAGGUUAGAAGGCUGUGAUGGACAUGAAUGCCAGAACCAAGGCUCCUGCUCUCCCUUCCUAUUGGAUGGGAUUCACGGAUACACCUGUUCCUGCUCACCUGGGUACACUGGACCCCUCUGUAAGACCCCAACCACCUUCUCCUUUGAGCGCAGAGGCUACCUGCUGCUGCAGAGCCCCCUGGUGGAUGCUGAGGUGUCUUGUAACAUCACCCUCAGCUUCAAGACUGUUCUGCCCAGAGCGGUGUUGUUCCAGCGGAACAGCAGGGGGCUUCUGCUGAGCCUGGAGCUGGAUGAAGGGAAGCUUCGUCUCACACUGAGAAAGGAGGCCUCUGCUGGGGCUGUAGCAGAAAGCCCAAGCCAGGCCCUGGAGCUUCCCCACAAUGUCACAGAUGGAGAGUGGCAUUCUGUGGAGGCUGUGCUUGGAAAGUGGGUGCUCAGUCUGAAACUCUUGGAUGACGCUGGAAGCUGUGAGAGCCAGUCGUGCCACAGGGUGGCCCCAGUCCAAAGCACCCUAUUCGGGCUGGUGUCACCUCCACAGAACACUUUCAUUGGAGGAGUGCUUCAGGACUCAAAUGGCCCCAAUGAGGACUCUCCGCUUCCAGCAUUCAUUGGCUGCAUGCAGGAUGUGUUUGUGGACUGGCAGCUCAUCGUCCCUGAGGAAUGGCUGAGCGAUUCUGCUGUUAAUGUGUCCCCCGGCUGCAGCCACGGGGACCGCUGCCUCGAUGUGCCUUGCCAAAACAGAGGACAGUGUGUCAACCUGUGGCAGAGCUACCAGUGCCGAUGUCCAAGACCUUAUGAGGGCCAUGACUGUGAGGAGGAACACGUGACUGCACGCUUUGGGAAUGAGGACUCUCAGAGUUAUGCUGCGUUCACUGUCACCGAUGAUCUGGGUCAUGACCUCUCCAUCUCCCUCUUCCUGCGCACACGGAGGCACAGUGGACUUCUCCUGGCGCUGGCCAACAGCAGCAGCCGAUAUCUGCACAUGUGGCUGGAGGACGGCAAGGUCACAGUUCAGCUCAAUGACUUUGAGAGCCUGAAGGCGGAGAGUGCGAUUGAUGACGGGGAAGUCCACUUUGUGAGUUUGGAGAUGGUGAAAGAUCAUAUUGCACUCUAUGUAACAGCUCAGAAACAGGGCGACAUGGAGGUCAGGACCGUCAGUGUCCAGGCAGGAGACACUGUGCAUGUGGGAGGUCUGCUGGAGAGGAGGACGACUUCAGUGUUUGGUGGAUAUUUUAAAGGUUGUAUCCAGGACCUGAGGAUCAAUAACAGGAGGCUGCAGUUCUUUGGGUUGGACACCUCACUGAGCUCUUACCCUCUGGAGCUCAUGGAAAAUGUGACUGCUGGAUGCUCUGGGGACAACAUCUGCAGUAGGAACCCUUGUCUAAACGGUGGGAUGUGCUACUCCACGUGGGAUGACUUCAACUGCGUCUGCCCUUCCAGGACAGCAGGGCGGCGCUGUGAGGAGGUCAGGUGGUGCGAGCUGUCACCUUGCCCCGCAGACUCAGAGUGCAGGAUGCUGAACCAGGGAUACGAGUGCUACUCCAAUGCAACUUUCCUGAAUGACAGCACUGUGUUGUCCUACCGGGGAAAUGGCCACAUAUCCCGCAAUCUAACUAACCUUUCCCUAAACCUUCGAACGCGUAAGCGUAACGCAGCUAUACUUCACGCAGAGACGGGCUCAGCAUUCAUCACACUCUCUGUCCAGGAUGAUUUCCUCUUCAUGGAGCUUCAGAGCAACACUGAAAAGGAGAUCCAGGAGGACCAUGGUGUGUCUACAGUCAGCCUCAGCAGCAGGAUGAGCGUCAGCGAUGGCGAGUGGCACAGUGUCCACCUGUUCAUGGCAACACCGUGGACACAAACCUCCCGCUGGACUAUGGUUUUGGAUGACGAAAUAGAGGAGGCCAGCACUUCCGUGAGCCAAGGAGGCAACCUGGACUUCCUCAGGCAGGGGGUGGACAUCUUCUUAGGAGGCCUGGCCCCUGAUGCUGGAUGGCCCCUGGCCGGCUGUCUGGGCACAGUAGAGCUGGGUGGCAUCGCUCUGUCUUACCUCAGCUCCUCUGAUGUGAACCUCCCGCGUCUGCAGGAGGAGCAGUUCAUCCUGACAUCCCCGCACCCUCCGCUCCUCGGCUGCGGCGGGGCCCCCGUUUGUGAGCCCAACCCCUGCUUGAACGGAGGCCAGUGCCAGGACUUGUUCAACACCUACAACUGCAGCUGUGCCGAGGCCUGGGCCGGGAGACGCUGCGACUUCUUCACAAAUACCUGCGCCUCUGGUCCCUGCGCUCGAGGCAACUGCAGCGUGAAAGGGCUGACGUACGAGUGCACCUGCGAGUUUGGUUUCGCAGGCGUGAACUGUGAUGAGGAGGUGGAUAUGUGUGAAAACCACCUGUGUGCCCAUGGAGGCACCUGUCUGCACGGGCCGGACAGCUACGCCUGCCUCUGCCCUGAGAACUACACUGGACCCCUCUGCAAUGAACGCAUUGAAGAAAUUCCGUGGUACAUUGUUGUCAAAAACGUACGGCCUAAGCUGCCUGUUUCGGUGUGCGGGGAUAACACCAGAAACUACACCUGCUUCAACGGAGGAAACUGCACUGACCGAGAGCUGUCCUGUGACUGUCCGCCUGGCUUCAUUGGACACCGGUGCGAGCAGGAGGUGGAUGAGUGCAAGUCCAACCCCUGCCUGAACGGAGGCUACUGCCGCAACCUCAUCAACAAGUUUGUCUGCGUGUGCGACAUGAGCUACGCCGGAGACACGUGCCAGACGGACCUGACCUCUGAGGGUUUGACCUCCGACCUCUUGCUGUCCGUCAGUCUGGUGUCCGUCGUCCUGCUUCUCGCUCUCAUCCUCACCUCCGUCGGCCUGGUGGUGGCGCUAAAUCGCCGCGCCACCCACGGCACAUACAGUCCCAGCCGGCAGGAGAAGGAGGGAUCGCGGGUGGAGAUGUGGAGCAUCACUCAGCCGCCGCCUAUGGAGAGGCUCAUAUGAGGUGCAGACGAGGACUGUGUUCACAUGCAGGGCGACGGUGAGCUUAAAGCAGCAGUGAAGGAGCUAAAGCCAGAAGACUGCUGGACGCUGCAGAAGAAUAUCUGCAGCCUGCAUGUAAACACGGUCUCCCCCUCGCAGCUCCUCCACUUCACUUUACAGCUGUCUUUAUGCAUUUGUACAUGCACGUGCUGGAAGACUGCAUGAGAUCCAGUGACAGUUUUUGUGUAACUCCUUGUGAGCUCCAUCCUUGUUUCCUGGGACAUUUUGCACCUUGCUUCACCAUCCGGCAGUACAUUCCUCCACAGGAAAAAAUCCGAGUUCAGAAAGUCUGUCACAUCCUUUUGUCCGAUGUGAUUAUUUUAGGACUGACGGGUCAGUGAGCAGUCAAAGGAAAGUCACAUUGUCUUAAAGCCACAAGCAGAAUGAGUCAGAAGGUUCCUCAUUUAAAACGUAAGACCAAGCAAAUUUUAAGGAAAAGAUCAACACUGACAAUGUGUCAGUCGGCUUGUAGGAUCUGAUCGGUGUUGGUUAUCUUUUCUUGAGAUUUGUUGACAAUAAGAAAAAUAGAGAACAUCACCUGACUCAUCUUAGCUGAUUAUUAUUAUUACAGGAAAAUGCCUUUCUAAUUCUUUGUAUUGUUGUUGCAAGCACUGAUUAAUUUUUUUGUUUGUUAUUUUCAGCAAACAUUCCCGUAGCACUUGUCCUACUGCUGGUCCUCACUGAGAGAAUAAUGUCCUUUAAGAGUCAGGUUUCUUGUUUCCCACUAGGCCGUCCCUACCAGAGCGUCUAUAGACUGGAGUGCAAUUUUAAGUGCAUAUACUGUAAUGAUGAUUUCGUUCAUUGUUUUCAAACUGUGAAUUUUAUUUCUGCCAUUAAUUGUUGGCACCUGCAAAUAGAAAAUGUGCUGUUAUUAAAGUGACUUUAUCGUGUUAAGUUAUUUUGUCAACAAAAUAUUGUAGAUUGGAAUAAAUGUUUUGGU